AUGAAGCCAUCUCUCCUCGAGCUCGACCUUGACGCCGAUGCGUUACUCAUAAUGCAGCGUCCCAACUUGCAACAGAAGGAUGGUACUCUCAACGAGAUCGUUUUCCGUGUGUCCGCCAAGCAUCUCAGCAUGGCAUCCCCGGUCUUCCACAGAUUGAUCAAGGGUGACUUCCGAGAGUCCAAGCCAAACGAUCAAGGCCUCUUGGAACUCAGAACUUCGGACUGGAAUGCUCAGGCUCUCCUGGUCUUACUUGACAUCAUACAUGGCCACCACAGUCACGUCUCCAAAGAGUUAUCCCAGGAGAUUGUUGCACACGUUGCGCUAAUUGCUGGUAACUAUAACUGUGUUGAUAUCGUUAAGGUUGUCUAUCACGGCUGGGAAGCUAGGUUCGGUAACGAUUGGGGCCGAAACGAUUUUGAGAGCAACUGGCCAGACACUAAUAACCAAGGAUUAAGUCAUUUCGGAAAGACCCAGCAGUUUCAGCUUUUUAUUGCCUGGACUUUCCAAAGCGAGCUAGUGUUCAAUAACCUCGCGGCCAACGCAAUACUCACAGCAUCUGGCCCUAUCGAAACAUACCUACCACUACCCAGACGAGUGACAUACAACCUCGACCGAUGGCGCCUUGUUCUACUCGAACAACUCUUCGACAAACUGAGUGCUCUUGCAGACUCGCCGGGCACCUGA